AUGGACUCCCGGCUUUCUCUUCUCUUGACAUUGAUCGUAUGCUGUAUCCCGGAGGGUUUAGCAUCUUGUAGGAACGGAUGGGUGUCAUUUGAGAACAACUGCUAUUUAUUUUCCCAUGGUAAAUCAACAUGGGGAGAAGCGUUUGCGACGUGUUUAGCCCUCCAUUCGAAUUUGGCAGUCAUCACUUCAGCAGAUGAACAGAACUUUCUUAUAUCGGAACUGAAGCAUAUACACAGGCACGAUGCAUCGCAUGUUCUGUAUUGGAUCGAUGGAACAGAUUUGGAAGUAGAAAAUGUAUGGAAGUGGGCCCAAACAGGAGAGGAACUCACUUAUAUCAACUGGGCUGAUGGAGAACCCAAUAAUGCCCUGUCUGGCAACUGUAUGAACCUCUAUGGGGCUGGUGGCUUCAAGAUGGCAGAUGAUGAUUGUGAUAUUCACCUUUACUACAUCUGUCAAUCAGAGUAUGUGUCCAUAGGCUGGUACUAG